AUGUAACCAUUGUGUCAUUAUUAGUGAGCGACUGCACAAGAUAUUUCAUUAUUUUAGAAAUGAAACCAACAAUUUGGGCAACGAAUGAGGACGGUACCAUUGAGUUUGUAUCCCUCACUUCCGAAUUCCUCGAAGGAGCCAUAGAAGUGACAAGAAGAGCCUGCAUCCCGAACGAGGCCGCAUGCGUGGCAGCAGGGGUUACAAAAUGUGAAGGGUCUAUGAAGAAAAUAGAAGAGUUUGUUAUAAUAACUGCCAAACAAGGAGCCUCCAUCGUUGCUAUAGAAAAGAAGAGCAAAAGGGUUAUCGGUUCAAUUUUCAAUCUAAUAAGAGUGUAUGGCAGUGACGAGGACGCGGCAAUUAACGAAAGUUUUUCAUCGUUCGAUGCGUCGAAAUUACUCUGCGAUAUCUUAUUGUACGCAGAAGAGCAAUGCAAUCUAUUCGAGCGGUGCAAUGUCGAUUGUUUACUGGAAAUGAACUUACUUGGAAUUCUACCAGAAUUCAGAAGAAGAGGAAUUGGAGAAAAAAUGAUCGAAGUCUCGACCGAACUUGCUACAAAAUUGUACAAAGGAAUAAAUGUUAAAGUACCGUUGGAUGGUACUGAGGAAUUGAGUCUAGAACCAAGGCCAAAACUUAUAUCUGCUAUUUUUUCAUCACCUUAUACCAUGAAAAUAGGCAGGUCUUUGAAUUAUGAAAUCGCUGCGACUGUAGAUAUGCAAAAAUUUCUAGUAAACGAUAAACCACUACCAGGUUUACAACAUUUUACUCUGGAAUUCAAGAAGCUGGAAUGA